AUGGCUGCUGGACGAUUGCUACUUUAUGCUGGCCUUUCUUUAGCUUUGUGUGCUUUGGGCAUGCUAGCCGUGGCCAUCUGCUCUGACCACUGGUAUGAAACAGAUGCCAGGAAACAUCGGGAACGAUGCAAAACCUUCACCACGCGCCGGAACGACCCUGGCUUCAUUUAUAACUCUAACAAUAACCUGCCCCUCCGGGCCAGUCGGUCAAAGCUGGACCAUUGGGAAGGGAAACUUCUCUUGGCAAGAAACAAGAGGCAGCUCUUUGCCAUGAGUGCCGUUGAUGAGUGCAACAGGCAAUAUAAUUCAACCAACAUGGGACUUUGGAGGAAGUGCCAUCGGCUGGGAUUUGACCAAGAUGUGGAGGAACUCAUUGCUAAAGGCGCCAUUGACCAAUGUUCCUACAUCAAGUACCACUACUCCUCAGCAACCAUUCCUAAGAAUCUAACCUACAACAUUACCAAGACCAUCCGUCAAGAUGAAUGGCAUGCUUUACAUUUACGCCGAAUGACAGCUGGUUUUAUGGCUGGCGUGGCUAUCAUCCUAUUUGGAUGGAUUAUCGGGGUGCUGGGCUGCUGCUGGGAUCGAGGCCUUAUGCAGUAUGUGGCAGCUCUCUUCCUCAUGGGAGGAACCUUCUGCAUAAUUUCACUGUGCACAUGUGUAGCCGGAAUCAACUUUGAGCUCUCCCGAUAUCCCCGGUACCUGUAUGGACUCCCUGAUGACAUCAGUCAUGGCUACGGCUGGUCCAUGUUUUGUGCAUGGGGAGGCCUAGGUCUUACUUUGAUCUCUGGCUUCUUCUGUACCUUGGCCCCUUCUGUUCAACCUGUCCCCAGGACCAAUUGCCCCAAAUCGAGACCUGAGAAUGGGACAGUGUGCUAA